UUUUUAGAAAACCUACCAGAAAAUACUGUAUCUAAUAUUUUUUCUAGUUUGACCUUGAUGUAGACAUGGAAUAUGUACUAAAAUUAGAAAGCAUCGUUUCUUUUCAACGCCAAGAAAACUGAAAAGCAGAUGUCCAAGAAAACAGUGAAAAGCAGAUGUUCAGUGUGUUUAAUAAAAUGAUAUUUAUUUUUCACACAGCAAGAAACAAAAUGUACUAAAUAGCUGAGAUUGCCAAAAAAAAAAAAAAUUCAAGAAGAAUUUUAAGGUUUGCGUGUAAAAAACAAAAACAAAAAACAACCCCUUUUCUCUUAUUUAUAGAACUGUAGAAAUGUUUUUGAUAGUUGAAUAUCAAAAUAAGAUCAAAGUGUCAGUUUCAUUUUACAUGUAUUGCAAUUUUCGUCUCUUCGUUUUUUCUCUUGUUAAAGAUUGAAAAUCUUGUAUAAUUGAUAAUAAUGAGAUGUAUUAUAUCCUUUAUAAGAUAUCUUGUAAAAGAUAUGAGAUAUCUUAUGUUUUCUUUAUAAGAUAUCUCAUUAGUAUAUAUAGGAUACCUCAUAAAUUUUAUAAGAUAUCUCAUAAACUUUAUAAGAUAUCUUUUAACAUUUUUGAUAUAAGAUAUAUCAUAAACUUUAUAAGAUACUUUACAACUUUUAUAAGAUAUCUUAUAACUUUAUAAGAUAUCUUAUAAAGAAGGUUUAUAAGAUAUCUCAUAUAUUUUAUAGGAUAUCUCAUAAACUUUAUGAUAAUCUUGUUUAAUUAAUAUACAAUAUAUCUUAUAAAGUUUAUGAGAUAUCUUAUAUAUAUUUUAUGGGAUAUCUUAUAAACUGUAAAUUAUAUGAGAUAUCUUACAAAAUUUAUUAGAUAUCUUAUUAGAAAAAGAAAAUAUCUCAUAAAUUAUGUAAGCUAUCUUUAUAGAGAAAUAAAUAUGGCGUGUCACGUAUAUAGAGUAAAACAGUAAUUUAAAAAAAUAUGCAAAAUAUAGCAUUUAACGAAGAAAAAAAUAAGUUGAAAAUAAUGAUAUUUGUAACUUCACUAUUAAAUUCUAAAAAAUCCAAAACAGAUUUAACAGAAAUAUCGCAUUAAAAACGGAUUCGAUAUAUAUGUAAUUAACAUGUUCCUUUCCUUGUCCACAGUGUGAAACAAUAACAAAUAAAUGUACAUGUAUUGUGCAUGCGUUGAUUGUACAUGUAAUUUCUGACAUAUCUCACUAACUUGUGUUUUGGUCGUCGAAAAUAUUUAUCAAAAUUAACAAUAAAGAAUCGAUGAUAUACUAUUUUAAAGACCUCUUGAUUCCGAUUUAAAUAAAGUCUAUGACUAAUAUUUAAAGACUUUGUUACUUCAUUACUCAACAUUGCCUGCGAAAAAAUCACACAAUGGACACCGACUGAGAGAUAUAAUCAGUGAUUGAAUUAUUGUACAAUCAUAUAUUUCAUUAAUUACACUUAUUUCUUUGAAAUAUUUCUUAUAUGGCACUUAAUAUUGACGCUAUGAAUGGAGGACCGCAACGUGUUGUGCGCCCCCUGUGUUCAGGGGCAAAUAACGCGCUGCAAUGUGAAAAAUGUAUCUCAUUAACAAUUACCGAAUCAUAAUGCACAUAUUAAUUAUGAUGUAUUAUGAUUCAACAUGUUUACCACUUUUCACAGUCAAGGUGAAUAACUUCUGUAUUAAUUUGUACUUUGAAACAAAUGCAAGAGUUAAUUUUCUUGCUACAGGUGUAUAUCACUUUACAAAGAACCUUGCAUUGUUAGCAAUUUCAUAAUCAAAUGAUAUAGCAGGCCCUGGAUAUAGGUCUACCACAUAAAAUUUCGUCUUUUUAAAAUAUCAUUAAUAAAAUUCCUAAUAUUUCAUUAUGUAAAAUGUACUUUUCUAUUUUCCGAUAUUGACUUUGAAACCCAAAUGAUUAGAAGUAUACCACUCGCUCCCUUGAACCUUUACACGGUAGUUCAACGUGUAAUUCGGGUGAAUUAAAUCGAAAACGAAAGUUGACAAAGUUGAUAUUUCUCCAUUUGUAUAAUAGCAAAGCAGUGCAUGCCAUUGAAAAAUCACCUGACGUAUUAUCGUCAUUGCAGGUAAUUUCCAAAUGGUGGUAAUGCUGAUAAUGCUACAUAUAUCUUACUUAAAUUGUAGAAUGAAAUUCAUAUCUUGUGAGAGUGGAAGAUUCUACAUCAACGAUUAAGUAUGUGGAUAUUUUGUUUUAGAUAAAAAAACCAAAACAACAACAACAAAACAAAAACUAGGUGUGUACUUUCGAUUUGUUGGACAAAAAUGGCAAAUCAUGGCAAAAUCGGUAAUAUUAUGGUUAUCGAAUCAUCGGAAAGUGAAGAGGAGAACGACCAUGAAACUCAAUCAAAUUCAGCAAUCAACGAUAACAGGGAAGACACCAAGGAGAAUUUGUACGAGGACGUCGCCACGCCAGAUGAGAAAAGCAUUCAGUGCAAAACGAUACAUCAUUGCCUUUUUUUGAAAAGCACAUCUUUUGGCUCGGAUGUUUCCAACUUAAGAGUAGACUUCAGUGAGAUGAACCAUUCAAUAAUCUUUCAAGGUCCCAAAGAUCUCGUCUUGGAACAGAGUCUGCGAUGCUUGGAAUGUCUGGGCAGAAUGUGUACAUCCUCAGAACCAGUUAGCGCGACUAGACUCUCCAUACUUCAACGAGAAGGUUGCAUAAAAGAGCUUAGACAAAAGGGCAAGAGUACUGGAACCGAGUCCUAUGUGUACCUAGAGGAGGACCAGUCAAUCAAUGAUCCUAGGUUGCACUGUAUCGCUUAUACAGCAGAAGAUGCGAAAGUGACUCUUCAGAGGACACUGAGUAUUUUCAGGAAGAUGGAGGUGCCGUUUGCUGCGCACAUUGUAGAGUUAUUCACGACCGCUUAUUGGGAUUCCGUGACGGAGGGCCUUCAGAAAUCGUUGAUGGUUGCAAUUGAAAUUGUUCACACUCGGUCUGUUGUGGAGGUAGAGGGGCUUCAGGAUGAUGCCAGAAAGGCGGCUGACAAAGUGAAGGAGAUGUUCAAAGCUUACAAACCCAUGAAGAUAAUUAAUCUCAAUGGUGCCAAAGCCAGAUUAUUCUGCAAGUCUCAUACUUUACAAGAAGAAUUGUUGAAAUUGAAAGAGGAAGCAAAACGGGAGCAGGAGGUGAUAUUUACUGCGGAAACGCACAAUGACCCUGAGUGCACUCUCACAAUCAAGUUUACGGAUGGGCCAUCUCUAGGAAAACGGAUACAGAAACUAAUUGACCAUGCUAAGGAUCUGAAACUGACCCUUGAUGAUGUCAGCAAGAAUGGCACGGAUCAAGAAGUAGUCACACUAUGUUUAAAUUCUCAGAAGGGAAGGCGUGAGCUACGAAACUGGGAAGAAAAAUAUAAAGUAUAUAUUGAUGUCGUCGACAGCAGUAGAAAGGUUACGAUCAAGUAUAUAGAAGACAAUAGUCCAAGAUAUCAUAGUCCAACGAUCCAUUCUCGAUCACGAUCUAUGUCAAAUUUAGAUGCGCAAGAGAAAGAAAGUUUAACUGUUGGUUCAACAGAUCUGGUUGUCAAGGGAGGGAGUGUGGUCAAAGAAAGGGCUUCGAUCCUGGUAAAUGUUAUUCGGAAAUCCUCCAUGUGGAAAUAUGGACAGCUACCUCGGCAGUUUUCUUCCGCUUCAAAGGAUUUACGACAGGAUUUUGAAAACGAUUAUGACGGAGAGGAAAACGUUGUACUAACCCAGAGUUCAGAAAAAUUGACACGCGUUUGUGAAUUUGUGUGUACUAUCAUACUGGAAGACUGGGACAAAGGCAACACAAAAAACAAUGAACAGGGAUUAAGGGAAGUUAUUAAGACAUGUCUUCGUCAUUGUGAAGAAAACCAAGCUGACAGUAUUGCAUUUCCUGCUGUUGGAACAGGGAAACUGCUCAAAUUUCCAGUCAGUAUUGUAGCCAAAAUUAUGUUUGAAGAAUGCAUUGCCUGGUCUAAAGGCAAAACCACACUGAAGAAAAUUGUAUUUGUAAUUCACGACAUGGACGAAAAACAGAAUUUCGAGGACUCAUUGGAGUUAUGGCGCAGGAACUUAUCAAAAAAGACCGGAUUUCAGAAAAUCGGGACAAUGCUAUCUAUGAUUCGUAGGAAAAAUCCAUCAGAUCAAGAAACAAAACCUAAAGACUCUGAUAGUGGGAAUACUGAGACUAAGGUCUUAUGUCUGCCUUAUCUACUACUGUAUGGAGAAAACACACAGAAACUGAAGGAUUCACGAAAGAAAAUUGCUGAAGAAAUGGAACGACAAUUUCUCUCAAAAGAAAUAAUACAAAAUAAAGGCACUGGAAAUAUAACCCCAGAGGAAAAACAAGAUAUUUUUGAGACAGCCAGGGGAAUGAGUGUUGUCCUGCAAUUAGAUUCCGAUAAAUAUGUAAUUAAUGGACACAGGGAUGAUGUCCAGGCCCUGGCAAAUAAAAUCAGAGCGUUGUUGCUAAAUAACGUCUCAGCAAUGCCAUCAAGAUCAGCAAAACCACGGCGGUGGAAGGGUCCUCGCUCUCAGAAAGGCACAGAGGAUUACUGGAGAGAGGUCUUAGAAAACCAUAAGACCCCUUUGUACUGGAAAAAGUUCAAAGGGGGCUAUGAUAUUCAGUAUCACUUGAGAAAUGAGGAUAACUAUUGUCAAGUCAACCAAGUAGAUCAGGAAACCUUCACAGCUAUUAGCGAAUUGGUUGAAGCGACAUGGGACCAAUCACACGUUGGUCAUGGCGCUGACGCCAGGAACCUGAGUCAUCAGAACAUUAAAGUGACAAAAAUUGAACGUGUAGAGAGUAUAGAACUGUUUUCGCAGUACUCCCACCAAAGAGAAAAAAUUAUUCGGAGGAUGUUAAAAAGCGGUUUGACUAGUUAUCCAAAAAUCACGACAGUUGCUCAGCAUGGUGACGUUUUGACUACGUUGAAAAUGCCGAAACUUCUAAACACCAGUCUUUAUUUAGAUAUAAAUGAACAUUAUGUAUUCCAUGGUACUAAAUCCACUUUCAUAGAAAAUAUCACUAAGAAAGGAGUUGACCCACGAAAAUCUGGCGAUAGGUUGUUGUUUGGUCAGGGAAUUUAUUGUGGCGAGAGCUCAACAAAGGCGGAUCAGUACACGGAUGACAGAGACCGACGUCAGCAGACGGGUCUUAAGAUGCUGCUAGUCCGUCUGUUGAUUGGCAAUCCCUUUGUAUCGGGGAAGGAGAAAAACUAUAAACACCCUCCAUGCACCACGUGCCAUACCACGGACUGUGUGACUGGGGAACACUUUAAUUAUGAUUCCAUCAUCGUAGAAGGAAAAUGGUUAUUCCGCGAGUUCGUCAUCUAUGAACCAAACCAGUGCUACCCAGAGUACAUCAUUACCUAUGAUAGGGUCUAACGCUAAUAACUUCAUCAGUCCCCGUGAUGUUAAAUCGGAGUAUUCGAACAUGUAUCCCAAGUUGUCUGUUACAUGUACAUGUAUAGUGAAUACACGUGUAGUGAUACAUACACGCACAUUUCCACUCCGUUACACAUAGUACUGGCAUUUAUUGUAAUGCAUUACAUGUACGUGUAGGUAUUUUAAAAUAACUUUCAUGAUGAUUAGGUUCUACCAUGAAAACAUUUCAGGCACUACAGAAUUGAAAUGAAGAAAGAUUAGAAUAUAACUAGGAAAUAUACAGUAACAACUAGAAAAUAUUAAUCAAAUUAGUCCCUUAUCGUUUGAGCAGGACCUCACCGGAUGCUACAUGUACAAUGACGUACUGCUUCAAUAUUUUUAUUUUAUUGGUUCAAAUAUAUCGUACAUUUAUUACUUAAACCUAUCCGGUUGAAAAUUGUUAUGUCAAUUAAAAUUUUGGAAAGGACUAAAAUUUGCGACAGAAUAAUUCUGUAAUCAAGAAGCUCUACGGCUGCACGAUUUUACCAUUACAUCUGUACCAUGUCAUGUAUUGUCAAUAUUUACAUCCCUAGACUGUAAUCUAUGAUACAAAUAUAUAUUUCAAAUGUUGUAAAUUGGUUGAUAUAUUUUACCAAACACAAUAUCGUUUCUCAUAAACAACUAUGCCCAAAUUAAUUUGAUCUAGUGAUUGCUUUGAGUGGCUUAUGAUGUGUUGACAAAAACAUGUUCUGCAAAUUAAUCAAAAGUAGAUUUUAAGUGCAGAAAGGUAAAGUUUUACACACUGUGGCUCCAUAUCCUGUUUUUCUUUUUUUUUUCAUAGUUCCUUUAAUGUAAAAAAUUAAAAAUAAUCUUCCAACAGAAUGAAAGGUGCUAUAAAUCUGGGGUUCAAACAAUAAUCAAACAAUGGUAACAUGCAUGUGAUAUCUCUCAAAACUUGUUAUCUAAUUAUGAAAUAUAGAAUACUAGUACCCACUGAAUAAUCGAAAAAUGAUUACAUAAAUUUUGACAACUUUAGAAAUACAAAUGCAAAAUGUAGGCUUAUACUAAUCAGAUUUAUACAAAAAUAUAGACUACAAAUGGAAAAAUCCUACAGUUCAAACAGGAAAUGUACGUUUGACAUGUCAUAAUUAAGAAUAAUUCUGUUUGUUACAAACUUCUUUUUAUUUUCAAAACCAAACUGUAAUAAUAAAAACAUUUACAAUAUUAUU